UGGCUCCUCUCCCCGGCGCUUUCUCCAACCUCCCACCAGCCACCAUCGCGGCCUCACCUGCACCUUCGAGCCGUGCUCCUUGUGGAGCUUGCCCCGACGCACCUGCGCCACGCGCCUUACGACCAUCCUGCCCAGGUACCUAGGUAGUGCCGCCGGCCCCCUUCAGCCUUCAGCUCUCACCACACUCCGUGCCACCCACUUCGGCACCCACUUCGGCCCUCCACGACGGUCAAGUCGUCGAGCGCCCGGCUCCAUUGUCGACACUGCUGGCCAUGCGCUGAGUGCGUCUCGACACGACUUCCUAUCGUCGGGACAGGUGCGUCAAUUCAUUGGCUGGCUCCGAGGCCGUUGCAGCGCCUGCACCACCCGGCAGAGACAGUCCACGCACUGCUCGCCUCGACCCACCAAGCCGCUUUGCGAAGACCUUACGCCCUCGAAUCCGACCCACGCACCACCAACCGCUUCCAUGAAUUCGUGAGCUGCACCUCACCAUGGGUAUAGGGAAGCCUCCUCUGCCAGCGCCGACAGAAGCUUCCUCCAUCGAUAACGACACCACCCUCGGAGACGAUUUCGCCACAGACGUAUCUCGUCGCACGGACAAAACUUCGUACUCAAUCCCUGAAGACGGAAGCCCAGUCACCAUAUCUACAUCCAAAAACCAGCCAACUCUGCGAGGUGCUCAUCCCUCGCAGACGUCGCUGCUGAUCGAGUACUUUGAAGCCGGAAAGGGAGAAGGAAAGGUCCACUCGCGGCCCAGUGUCCGAGUACGUGUGACGCCGUCCUCCCACCGCAAGAGCAGAUCCGCAAACGACCACAUUCAGAUCACCCAGACCUCGCGGAGUUCGCGCAAGCCCUCCUACACCCGACGUAUCUCGCUUGGAGCUAAAUCUCGCGACGAACCUGUAUCUCAAGCGACUGAAGUGUCCUUAUCCGAGGAUUCCAACCUCUCUGCGCGCCCACCUGUGGAGGUUGAGGUCCUGGAGAACGUCAGCGACUUGUCAAGGUCCGACCUUUCCCACGGCCGAUAUAUCCCGGCAACGUCUGACAUCUCCUCCAUGCCGCCGGACAGUCUGCUUGAAGGCGAACCUAUUAUUCGAGCUCCAGAAAUACGCUCCAGUCGAAGCACUGAGAGAGAGGAGGUCAUAGACAACCAAAACACAUUGAGCGCGCCAUCCGGGGGACGCGGCCGAAGCCUCAGCAAAGAGCGAAUUACGCAAAGAGUUAUGGAAAAACUCACCAGUAAACAGGCCGAGACCAAGCUGGUUUCAGGUCGUGAAGGAAGAGCCAGCAAGGAAGAGCUCUCCGACAGUGGCAGAUCAGCUCGGCGGCGGAACAGCAAGACACACCACGACGAAGAUGUCGUCAGCGCCACCGAUUCAAUGCUUUCCUCAAACUUGAAUCGCCGAUCCGGAGAUACUCACUCUAUGCGCUCGGGGGUUUCUGCGGCGUCUUCGUCCAUCAACAACCCUCGCUUGCUCCAAACCGUCGAGGAUGCAAUAAAACGUCUUAUACUUCCGGAGUUGAACGCCUUGAAAGAAGAGAAACGAACCCAGCAAAAUCGGAGCAAAUUCGACCACAACUCACGGGAGAGUGCGUACGAGAGUAUUCCCUCUACGAGCUCUCGUGAAACGUCUAGUAGACGUGUUUCCAAGUCCUCCAGUGCUCCGAAUGUCGCCGCUUUGAAACCCAAAGUUGUCUUGAACCAAGACGAAGACCAUCCUGGAGUGGUCUUGUCCGGCAACUCCACCAGAAAGGAGGGACGAUCAAGGCGCGGGUCGACUUCAAGCCGAAGUCAUGACAGACGCGACUCGACUGAUUCAAUAGGACGUGGGGAGGAAAAAGCGCAUAGUCGCAGAACUAAGGAUCGUCAUCGUUCAAGAGACGCUGCUGCAGCAGGGCUAGUAGGCGUAGCGCUCACGGCGAAUGCACUUCGGCAUCAUGACUCCAGGGAAUCAACAGAAGAGAAAAGUGAGAGAAGAAGGCGUCGCAAGAGCAGCCGGAGCCGGUCCACCAGUGUCUCUGAGACGGUUGAUGGGAAGCGUCACCUCGAGGCGGAGAUUCCACCCAUGCCCCUGUUGCAGAGCGAACUACAGGGAUCAGAGCUUACCAGAGAAUCCAUCAUCUCAGCUAGUACUGAACGGCCGGUCUCGAGGUCUUCGGUCGAUGUCAGUACGCCUGUGCAAGAGGUUGCUCGCGGAUCUGGUCGUCAAAUUUUUUCGUCUACUCCAAGCACGCCAACCCGCACCCCCGUAGCCCUUCAACGAGGCCUUAACAACUACCACAGCAACCUCUCUCAAGGGGACAUUAGCCUCACCAAAGUAAAGAGCGACCGAAGUCUUGCUUCAACUGGCAGGGUUGCUGUCCCUGGUGCCAUAAGACUGGGUGCAAGUGGGACGUCGGUCAAGGAGCGUGCUCUGACACAGGAGCCUGUUUCUCAGUAUGAAUAUGCUGAGAAAACCCCACCACGCGAAUUUAGCCCGGUGCAGAGCAUUGCUAGCUAUCAAGACGGCGAUGAUCGAGAGCUCAGGCAUUUGCCAUCUACUCAUAGUCCCGUAUCCCUUUCCUCCACAGGUCGCCGGGCUCAUAGGCAAAGAUCGACUCUGUCUAUCGGCUCCAUGGAAUCUUCUCCCAGUACUAAGAUGGCGCAUACUCGAAAGCGCCCUCAAGGCGUGAAUCUUGAGAAAAGCCAUGACGCCUUGGAUGAAGAUAUGCGGAACAAAACCCAGCAGCCGCAGACGCCUAGAGAUGUUGACGACUUCUUUGCUGAAAAUCACGAGCAAAAUGAGGCCUAUAGAAGGGAACUUGAGAACAACAGUCCACAAGGAUCACCAGUAAUCGAUUACAAGCACAUGACCAACUACACGGAUGACAGCGGAGAAGGCCAAUAUCUCGAUAAAGUCGCACUCGGUCAAGACAUUCGUGGAGUAGGAGCUAAUCCAGAGUAUGUACACACGCCCCUUGCUGUGGAGUCUGCGGUAGCGUCACUUCACGAACCAUCCACUCUCAGCGUGCGGUCGUCACAACCCAGUCCCUUGAAAGGCGCUGCGUUGUCUCCGGUGAGCUCUUUCCAUCACGAGGGCCCCUCGCAAGAGCAGCAAUCCGGUCGUUUCCAAGAGGAAUCAGACGCAGCAUAUCCAGAUAACGGGAGUCGAGAACGAUGGGGCUCUCUCAAGGACCAGGCUCAUACAUUGAGCCAGACCCAAAGUCGAGAACGCAGUGCUAGGAACUCACCUCAACACAGCAUCUCUCGCUCUAUCGACGAGCCUGUGCAGCUGGGCGCAAGCGCGUUCCCGGUCCAGGAUGACAUGCUCCCCGAAUUUGGGUACGGCAUGGACGACGAGUCUGUAACAACUAAUCCCUCAAUUAUCAAAGGUCCAAUUGGGGGCGGGGAUUAUCACGAUCAACAUUGGCACACCGAGCCAACACCUCCAAUGUCCUCUGUUGACGUUCGCGGACACGAUGAUCAAGAGGGGACUGCAUCCCGUGGAGCUGUAGCCACCGCAGGGCUUGGUGCAGGCGCUGUUGCCAUUGCUGCUGCGGCUGCAGCACGAAUCCAACGUGAAAAGGGUGAUUCGAGUACUAGGCUCGAUCGAGGUUACCAGCCUUCUGUGGAAGAUGAAUACGACCUGCAAAAUGCCUAUCAACCGAAAGGUGUAGUAACACCUGGGAGCCCCACGUUAUGGAAGGACGAAGGCUACAUGUCCGCCAAUCAGCCUGGAGCUAUCACGCCCGACUAUCAGAAUAGGUCAAGACAUUUCGAAGACGACGUAGAAGAAGACCCGUUCACAACCAGCAACAAACACAUUCGCCAUUUUAGCGGGAAUUCUCAUGGAAUGUCGUCGCCUCUAUAUGACGGCGCCACUGGUCGAGGGAUCGACAAAAUUCAAUCCAAAGAUGUCGUCGCCCUCAUGGAUCAUCUCACCGUACGUGAUGGGCAGCGGAAUGCUCGAGAUACCGAGAUCUUGGUUACUCUUGUGAGGAGUGCCGCGGAAAUGCGAAAUUCGUUUGAGGAGAUGAAGAGAUAUAUAGCCGACCAGGACCGGCUGAUCAUGGCAAAUACAGACAAGAGAGUCGAUGUUGCCGAGCAACGAAUCCUCCAGGGACCUCGACCACAGCCUCUGGGGUCACCCCGAGUUCCGAGGCAGUCCUCGGAAGGCAUGAGUGAUAUUCAAGCUCAAAAGAAGAACAUCCUCAAGCGAGCUCUGAGGGGUCUGAGCAUGAAAGGCAACACCGAUCUGUCAAAGAUAGAGGAUAUGCUUACUCAUCUGCUUAGCGAAGUUGAAGUCCUGAAGGAUAACCAAGCAUUCCAACUACGCCAACCAAUGACGCAAUCGAAUAGUCUUAAUUCGUACGAAAAUCUGAGGGCUGGCGGCGACCCUGGUUAUGAACCGGAAGGCCAGGCUGGAACAUCGUCUUCGCCAAAUCAUUCUGGAUAUCUAUCCAAUCCGUCGUCGAGGAAAAUUGAUGGCAUGCACUCCGGCUACGACGGCCGCCGCGGUUCUGAGCACCGCAUUAGCACAGUUCUAGAAGGAGACGAAGACUUAGAUGGCCAUGAGCCCCAUCUGAUGAACAGCCAGGAUGAAAACGAUGAGCGGCUCCUUACACCAACUCAAGAGGUCCGCCGCAAAGUAUCUUUGCCACUAGGAACACCACCACAGCCUACACAGCCGCUCCAAGGGCAGCAUAGUCAAGAGAAUACGCCCAAACGCAAGCACAAGUCGAACAGUUCUUCCAUUUUCGGUUUUCCUAAAAACCUUUCGCGCUGGUCGAAGACAACGACAUCCACCGUACCGGACAGUGCAGGUCGCAAUAGCGGCUCGCGGGAUAAGCGCCCUUACUCCGACGCGUCUCGUUCUGGAUCGAAUUUGAACGUGAACUAUUACGACGAUAACCAAUAUGAGUUACGCAAUGACGACCGCCUGCGUUCCUCGCAUUCGCUUGACGGAGCCCCUGCGGCCCGAGAUCUUCGAUCCCCAUCACCCUUAAUUCCCGAAGAUGAGCAUGGCCAACGUGGCCUAGUACCUGAGCUGGACGACCCAAAGUAUCAAGCUCAUCGCAAUUCUUUGAAUCUACAACAUCCUCAACCUAGGCCUGGGCCCACGCAUCGACACCAAUCCCACCUUGAGUCCCAAGCUCAGGUCUUUGAGCCAGUCGCCUCUCCAGAUUUCGAUCAAUGGGGCUCCAAUCCAUCCUUGGCACGGAAUAGACUCAGUGGCGGGAAUGCCAGUACUGGCGCAGGCAAUUUGUCUCCUAUUUCAUCGGACGGUGGAUACUCCCAACAUAGUGCUGCUGAACAGGCAGCGCCUCCUCGACCACCCAAGAUCAGAGACGAUGGCCCGCUGGUCCCGCAGCAGCAACCCCUAGCAGGGCAUGGGCAGACUCGGCAAAUGUACAGCAGCCCUGGUGGAAUGGGUAGUCAAGGCCAACUUACACCCCUCGCGCCCAUACAGGAAGUUAGAUACAGCCUAGAAACGGAUACCGGGCAUCACUACUCCCCGACGCCUUCCCCGCGCCCCACAAACGCAACUUUGAAUGCCUCCAAUGCGAUGCAAAAUCCCCAGCGUAAGAUCACUGGACCUCGUCCGAUGGGAAGCAGAAGCCCAAGCGGUCAACCUCAGCAACAAGAAGUCCUCUUUGACAAUUCGGGAACUGUGCGCAGAAAGCCUGUUGCGAGGCCUAUGGGUACGAUACAGAAAGCCUUGAGAGCUACCGAAGUAGCCUAGAUAGCGAAACUUUCUGAUAGUGAAACCUAUUAAGUCGAGCUUUCUUCUUGCCGCAUAAAGCUACAAUCAUGUCAUUUUCAUGGAAAGUCCGUCCUGUUUUCUGCUUUUACUUUCUGGGUCUGCCCUGGACUGCUUCUCUUUACCAAAGGAGCGCCUCAUCAUCGUUGAUAUCGCAUCAUGGUUGUUCAUAGCAUGAAUGGCUCUUUAUGACCUCCUGAUGAUCUGCAUACCUGGGAAGCUAGUUGAGUUUGGAGUUAAAUGAUUUUGGAUUGGUCCGCGAUCGAUAGUAGAUGAGUGUGAGUGGUGCCUACUUUACGUACGUACCUUUGACGAAGAAAUGAUUGGUGCAGUAAAAUCAAGCGGGCAUUGGCAUACAUUAUCCUGUACGUAGUUAAUGG